AUGCGCCUGCCACCAAGAAACCGCGCUAACGUGAGGCUUGGCGAACCUCCACCCAAGCCCGCAUCGUCACGGCAGGUCAAGCUCCAGGACACCUUCGAGCUCACCAACACCGCAAACAUGGUCAUUAACCCCACCUACCUCGCCCAGCGCACGCGCUCAUCGGUCAACUGGAACGAUGCGAAGAGGAGGGUCAUUCACAGCUAUCGAGACUGGCUGCGGUCGGCUCCCGAGGUCCAGACCAUGUACUCGCUCAACCUACCCGUUUCCACCUUACGAACCAAGAUACGACAAGAGUUCGAGCGGCAUAGAUACGUGAAUCAACUACGGACAGUGGAUGUGUUACUGUUCUCAAGUCACCAGGAAUUCCAGGAAACCCUGAAUUUCUGGAAGCAGACAUCACACGUGCUCAAAUACUUCCGCGCCGAAGAAGAACCAAAGGCUAAGCUGCCGAGUAACUUCAUCAACGGUUUCUUAGAGGGCCGCAACUAGACCAGCCCCAAGCAGAGACCCAAAAGUCGGAGAGCAGAAGCGUGUAUAUAGCAAAGACAAUACCAUUUCCUUCCUUUGCGC